AUCGCGACCUCACUCUACCAUACCAUCAUAUAAUUAUAAGCAUCUCAGAGAAAUUAAAUUUAGUGUUCUUUGUCGUUUGCUACUAAGAUUGUUAAAAUGGAGAGCAGCGCCGCCCUUACUGGCAUACGACUGACUUCCUCGAUCUGCCUCUCCCGCCACUCUUCCCCUUUUCUUUCUCCCUCAUCUCCACUCAAACCUUCUCUCUCUCUCAAGUUUCAAAAGCAGUUUCCAUCCAUUUCUCAGAAUGCUUUCGAAGCUUCUUCUCCUCUCAGGCCUUCCGCCGCUGUUUCUGCUAAUUACAGUGAGGCGAUUGAGUUGGCUGAUAUAGAUUGGGAUAACCUCGGAUUUGGUCUUCAACCUACUGAUUAUAUGUAUAUUAUGAAAUGCACUCGAGAUGGAAGCUUUUCUAAGGGUGAACUUAAGCGUUUUGGGAACAUUGAAUUGAAUCCUUCUGCUGGAGUUUUAAACUAUGGGCAGGGGUUAUUUGAGGGUCUGAAAGCCUACCGUAAAGAAGAUGGGAAUAUACUCCUCUUUCGUCCAGAAGAAAAUGCUUUACGGAUGAAGAUGGGCGCCGAGCGGAUGUGCAUGCCAUCACCUAGUGUAGAACAGUUUGUGGAAGCUGUGAAGGAUACUGUUUUAGCAAACAAACAUUGGAUUCCCCCUCAGGGUAAAGGUUCCUUGUAUAUUAGACCUUUGCUAAUGGGAAGUGGAGCUGUACUUGGGCUUGCACCUGCGCCAGAGUACACUUUUCUGAUUUAUGUUUCACCUGUUGGGAACUACUUCAAGGAAGGUUUGGCCCCAAUCAAUUUGAUUGUGGAGAGUGAACUACAUCGUGCAACUCCUGGUGGCACUGGAGGUGUGAAGACCAUUGGAAACUAUGCUGCAGUUCUUAAGGCACAGUCUGCAGCUAAAGCUAAAGGCUACUCUGAUGUUUUGUACCUUGACUGUGUGCACAAAAGAUAUUUGGAGGAGGUGUCUUCAUGCAAUAUAUUUGUUGUUAAGGGUAACAUUAUUUCAACUCCAGCUAUCAAAGGGACUAUCCUGCCUGGCAUUACUCGAAAAAGUAUAAUUGACGUUGCUCGAAGCCAAGGGUUUCAGGUUGAGGAGCGAUUAGUGUCGGUAGAAGAGUUGCUUGAGGCUGACGAGGUCUUCUGCACAGGAACAGCUGUGGUUGUAUCACCUGUUGGCAGUGUUACUUAUCUUGGCCAAAAGAAAUCUUAUGGAGAUGGUAUUGGAGUGGUUUCACAGCAACUGUAUACUGUCCUUACCAGAUUGCAAAUGGGUCUUGCGAAGGAUGACAUGAAUUGGACUGUUGAGCUGAGAUAACAAGCACACUGAGAACAGCCUGCAAUGCAUCUUUUGCUGAAAUACUUGUCUCAUUGAAUGUCCAAGCUCUAGAAAUUUCUGCAGAUUUUGCUUUAUAUCUGAUGGGGUACUGUAGAUAGUACCAUGGUUUGUGUAUUGCUGCUAUUUAUAUAAUGAACUAUAUAGCAAGCGCGUAAAAAUAAUAAUUCUGCAUGUUAAUUUUCUUGCCAGCUGGGGAAGUCAUUAUCAUUAUUAGUUAUAACAUAUUUUGCUUGAAAAAUUGACAUUCUAGAAGCUGUUGAUUUGUUGUUGCAAUUAUGACUCAA